CCGUCAGGAUUAGGAGGAGUCGUCGCCACAGUCACAGUCGGCCCGGCAGUUAGCAAAUUAGAAGUGUGCUCCACCAUGCAAACGUGGCCCCUGUGGAUCCUGUUUCUGUUCCUGGCCAUCGGCGCCGAUGGAGCCAGCAGCGGUUUGCCAGCAUCCGGGGUCGUAGCCGGUCUUGAUUCCGAGCUGGGCACCUGCGAGCUGCAGUUAUCCAAGUAUCGUCGCUUCAUCCUGCAGGCAAUCCUUAGCUUCGAGGACGUGUGCGAUGCCUAUAAUUCGCGACCAGGCGGCGGCGGUCAGGAUUCGGCAGACGAGGCUGGCUGGCUAUUCCGCCACUACGCACCGCCACCCACAUCGCAGCGCGGCGAGAUCUGGGCCUUCUUCCGCCUGCUAAUGGCCCAGUUCAGCGAUGCGGACUUCGCCACGAUCGUACGGGAUGCGGUUAUUGAGAGAUGUCGCAUCAAAUCGCAACUGCAGCGGGACGAGAAACGCAACUCGGUGGUGCUGGGCAAGAAGCAGAGGUUCCAUUCCUGGGGCGGCAAGCGGUCGCCGGAGCCCCCGCUCCUGCCCGACUACUAAGCUGCGUUUCGCCGUGCCCACCGAGGUCUUCCCGGCUUUUUCUGGGUUUCCGCCAAAAAUGUAUGAACAGUCAAACAAUGUUGAAAGUCCUCUCUUUUAAUCAGUUUCAGUGUCUAAAUAAACUCGAAGAUUGCAAAGCUUCA